AUGUCUCCAACACAUGGGGCUCCCACCCAUAAUUACUUCUGUGAUAGCAGCUUUGAAAAUCUCAGUCGGGACAGCGACGCAAGAUGGCAGCCACCACGGGCUCGGACAAUUUAUGAAAACCGAAUAUACAGCCUUAAAAUAGAAUGUGGACCUAAAUACCCAGAAGCACCCCCCUUUGUAAGAUUUGUAACAAAAAUUAAUAUGAAUGGAGUUAAUAGUUCUAAUGGAGUGGUGGACCCAAGAGCCAUAUCAGUGCUAGCAAAGUGGCAGAAUUCAUAUAGCAUCAAAGUUGUUCUGCAAGAGCUGCAGCGCUUAAUGCUGUCUAAAGAGAAUAUGAAACUCCCCCAACCUCCAGAAGGACAGUGUUACAGCAAUUAAUCAAAAGCAACGCCA